GGUAGAAUCAUGGAAGAACAUUGCUGAAAAGUUUUAUACAAUUUGGAAUUUUCCAAAUUGCAUCGGGGCGGUAGACGGAAAACAUAUUCAGAUCCAGUGCCCUCCUAAAACAGGAAGUCUAUACUACAAUUACAAACAAUUUUUCAGCAUAGUGCUAAUGGCUGCUGCUGAUGCAGAAUAUAAAUUUACUUGGGUCGAUAUAGGAGAUUAUGGUAGUAUGAGUGACGGAGACGUGUGGGCUGAAUCCGCACUAGGUUCUGCUCUGGAGGACGGCUCUCUUGAUCUGCCAUUGUCAUGUUUCCUCCCCAACACAAAUAUAAUGUUUCCACAUUUUUUUGUGGGGGACGAGGCUUUUCCGCUAAAAACUUAUAUGAUGCGGCCAUACCCAAAGAAAGAUUUAAGUGGUCCUGAGCGAAUUUUCAAUUAUAGACUCUCUAGGGCACGUAGAGUAGUUGAAAAUUCUUUUGGCAUACUUACUACUAAGUGGAGAGUACUGCGACGUUCCCUGUGCUGUUCUCCUGAUAAUGCUGAAGUGAUAGUAAAAGCAUUAAUAUGCCUCCAUAAUUUUCUGCUUACUAAGGAAGGAGGUGUUGGUGGACGUUAUUGCCCUCGUGGUCUAUUAGAUCAUGAGGUUAAUGGUAUUGUUGAACCUGGUGCUUGGAGAAAUGAGAAUAACUCACCCCAUAUACAAGAAUUACAUAGAACUGGUUCUAACAAUGCUGGAAGAGCAAUAAUUAAUUUAAGGAAUGUACUUCGGGAUUAUGUAAAUAGUGACGAGGGCGCAGUUGAAUGGCAAUGGGACCAAGCUUUUCAUAAUAUAAACAUGAAUCUCAAUUGACUAUGUUAAUUGUUUAUUAACUAUUAGUAAUAUUUUUGAUAUUGUGUAUG